AUGAAAGCGAAAGAGCAAGCCAAGCAGGCCAACGCCCAAGAGAAGAUUCAGCAUCCAGUGCAUGCGCCCGGUCAGAAUGGCGCUGCCGGGGCGGGUGUCGGAGAAAAGCUGCCUAUCGCUGAGGUCGAGCAAGCUGCUGUUCCUCCUGCGACAGAGAAUGAAGAUACGGAGGAGGUCCCGAUUGCGGGACGGACGAAGAUGACCGUUCCCAAGAAGGCGAAUCAGGAUGUGCCAUCAGAGGUCCAGUCGGAGAUUAAGAGCGAGGAGGAGAAGGAGCGCGAGGAUAAAGAGAGAAAAGAGGCCGAGGCGAAAACGGAGCUUAAUGCUAUUCUUAAGCGGGCCCCAGGUGUGUUCUUUUUUUUCUUGUCCCCAUUCCAUUUCUUGCCCGUAUUCAAGACUAAAUAUCCAGUGAUCGUCUUCUCCAAAUCCUACUGCCCCUAUAGUAAGAAAGCCAAGUCGGUCUUGCUGGAGCACUACUCUAUCGAGCCGAAACCGUUCGUGGUCGAAUUGGACCAGCACCCGCUUGGGCCGUAUCUGCAGGCCCUGCUCGCACAGAGCACAGGGCGUCGUACUGUGCCCAAUGUGCUUGUGAGUGGAAAGAGUAUAGGUGGUGGAGACGAUAUUGCGGCAUUGGAUCAGAGCGACGAGCUGGCUUCGACGCUGCGACAAAUGGGUGGGAAAUGGAUCGUGGACGUGUCGCACCAGGAGGUUGAGAAAUCACUGUGA